CGCCAAGACAACUAAGGAGCGACUGCGUCUCAUUGACGGCGAUGGAGGCCUGGGUCCCAGCUGAUCCGAUCAGACAUUCGCACUUUCAUUCUCUCGUUUUACCCAUACGAUUUGACGGAUUGGCGGCGUUUGGAUAACAUUCCCUCUUGUCUUUCCUGUUUAUGCCCAAGUUUCUUAAAGGUUCUUCCAUCCUUACCAUUUUCCUUUUUAUUUAUUUUGCGAUUCGAACACCUUUUCUUCAUUUCACUUCUUUCCUCGGCUUCGGGCUAUGUUAUCCGAGGUCAUGUAUUAACAAGGAGCAUUUUGAUACACGAGACAUUAGGUUAGGGCGGCAGUGUGGUGAUGAGCAGACUAUUGCGGUAAUGUAUGAGACGGAUGGACAUGAGCUUAGUCAUUAUGAGGCAUCCAAAAAAGCAGCAGCGAGGAGGGAAACAGACGACGGAUAGACGGAUGGAUGUGGUAUGUUUGUAUUGUUCUACAUGUG